AUGAAUAAUAAUAAUAAUUAUUAUAACGGAUUUCAACGAAAUGCUAAUUAUCAACGACGAUCCGUUAGUUUUGGUGAAUCGUCACUUCGAAUGGAUCUCGAUGAUGAAUCUGAAAUCUGUUGUGAGAAUCAAACUACAAACUAUAAUCAAAAUAGAAGACAAUCCGGCGAGGAUGAUUAUAUUUGUGUUCCUUUACCACGAAGUAACAAUCAACCGACAGCAAAAACAUGCUGGCGUGCUCGUUCAGCAUUUGCUCCAUCACCAAAAUGUAAUUUUGGACCCAAAGGCACACUUAAAAAAGUACAAAAUAAUGAUCAACUUAUUGUUAUUCAAGAUCCAUCUAGCCAACGUUUACAUUGGAUAUCUCCACCAUAUAAUAUUCUUAUUAUUCGUAAACCCGG